CAAUAUUAUUAAGGUUUGUUUGAAAACAUGAGUUGCAUUCCAUGUUGCUGCAAAUCCGAGGUUAAAUCAACCUCUUACAACCAAGUUUCCAACAAAGUUUCCAAAGGAAGAAGAACAUUUAAAUCAUUAGCAGAUGCUAUGUCACGAAAAACAGGUAGCAGCAGACAUAGACAAAUUACAACAGAAAUACUAAAAUAUGGAGCUGCAAAAAACGAUGUUAAAGUAUUAACAUAUGAAGAAAUUGCUGAGGCAACAAACAACUUCGGUUCUGAUUGUCUUGUGGGAGAAGGUGGAUUUGGGAAUGUGUAUAAAGGAUACAUGAAAAGCAUUGAACAAACUGUAGCUGUGAAGACUCUGAACAGGGAUGGGAAUCAGGGAACAAGAGAAUUUUUCGCAGAAGUUUUAAUGUUGAGUAUGGUGAAUCAUCCAAACCUAGUGAAGCUUGUUGGUUAUUGUGUAGAAGAUGAUCAAAGGAUUUUAGUUUACGAGUACAUGACCAAUGGAAGCUUGGAAGAUCACCUUCUUGAUAUAGGUAAUGAUAAGGAACCAUUGGAUUGGCAUACAAGGAUGAAAAUUGCCAACGGAGCAGCAAGAGGACUUGAAUAUCUGCAUAACUACGCAGAUCCACCGGUGAUUUUUCGUGAUUUAAAAUCGUCUAAUAUACUAUUGGAUGAAAAUUUCAAUCCAAAGCUUUCUGAUUUUGGUCUUGCCAAGAUUGCCCCAAGAGAGGGUGAGUUUGUGCCCAAAACUAGAGUUAUGGGGACUUAUGGCUACUGUGCACCAGAAUAUGUUGCUACUGGUCAAUGUACCUCAAAGUCAGAUAUUUAUAGUUUUGGUGUUGUGUUUUUGGAAAUAAUCAGUGGUAGGAGAGUAAUUGACACUGCCAGAGAUGCAGAAGAACAAAACUUGAUUGAUUGGGCACAACCUUUGUUUGAGGAUAGAGCAAAGUUCACUCUAAUGGCUGAUCCUUUGCUUAAAGGAAAGUUCCCUGUAAAGGGACUAUUUCAAGCCCUUGCAGUGGCAGCAAUGUGUCUACAAGAAGAAGCUGACACGCGCCCGUACAUGGAUGAUGUCGUAGAGGCUCUUGCACAUUUAGCAGUACACAAAACUGAUGAAAAAGACAUAGCUGGUGAAUCUAUAAAAACUGCUGGUCAUGUUGAAUCUUUUAGAGCUCCAAGUGGAAGUUCAUUUGCAGCUGAAAGGGCAUAAUAGUAGCUACAAUAUGGCCAUACAACAGACUAUUGGAUUUCACUCAAAAGAUUGUCCUGCCAAAAAAAAUGUGCUUAGGGUAUAAUUCUGUUUGUGUAAAAUGUCCUACUAUUAAAUGUUUAGGAUUUAGUGAUUUUCUUUUUGGAUUGGAAUCAGGAUCCCUUUGAUUCAUCUUUCUUUCUUUUCAUUUUUUUCAAAGAAAGUUUCGCCUGAGUUUUAUAUUUAUUUCAUUCAUCAUUGGACAUCCGAGAUACCGAUGUCCAAAAACAUACAUGUAUAUUUCCAAAUUCCAAUUACAAAUACAUUGUUAUUGUUUUUUUUACA